AUGAAGGAUCUCGGGCCUUUAAGUCAUUUUUUGGGCCUUCACGUGAACCGGCAAGGUAACAAGAUGUUUCUUUCUCAACAGGCAUACACGAAAGAAAUCAUAGACAGGGCUGGCAUGUCAUCGUGCAAACCUGCUGCCACACCAGUUGAUACCAAACCUAAACUUGGUUUGACCUCGGGUCACGACUAUGAAGACCCGAAGUUGUAUCGUAGUCUUGCGGGAGCUCUCCAAUAUCUAACAUUCACGAGACCCGACAUUUGUUAUGCAGUUCAACAGGUGUGUAUGUACAUGCAUGCACCGAAAGUGGAUCAUUGGAAUGCUCUUAAACGAAUCAUUCGAUAUCUUCAAGGUACCUCCUCUCACGGACUAACUAUCGGUGCGUCUACUGAUUUCUCGUUACGGGCAUACACUAACGCCGAUUGGGCGGGAUGUCCGGAUACAACGCGGUCUACCUUAGGUUAUUGUGUUUACUUAGGCCCUAAUAUUAUCUCAUGGUCAUUUAAACGUCAAUCAGUUAUUUCUCGGUCCAGUGCGGAGGCAGAAUAUCGGGGGUCGCUAAUGUAG